GCCGAUUUUGGCUUCUAUUGUCAUGAACGGCUGGCAUUAUUACUGAGCGUCGAUAAUUGCUACACUAUAAUCUAUUUAAUGCGAUAAGUUCGCAUCCCCGCUAGCCAAUGGCGACCACACCCAAGCCGCGUCGCCGGUCACCCCGAGUGUCUGAUGGCUCGGAAGCAUUGACUCCAGUAGGAGACACCACACUCACAGGGUUGCAACGUCUCCCAGUUCACACAAAAUACCCCCUCACUCCCAGCCGAUUCGCAUCCACCACCCCCUCCGCGAACCGAUACACCCCGCGAAACAGGGGCGCCGGCGCGCCAUCCACGCCGUAUCGAGUGCAGGCGCUGCAGCGACGCGCCGCGAACACGCCCGGACGCGAUCGUAGACGAAGCGGGCGGAUCCAGCGCGAGACGACAUUCGAUAUCCUCCGCAACCUGGGGAAAGCCCUUGCCCCGACGACCCAGCCUAUACAAUCUUCGCCGCAGGAGCAAGUAGAGUCUUCCCCAGAGCCAGAACCGGAGAGAGAUGAAAUCGAAGAGUUGGAUAAUGAGCCCGAAAUUGAGCGCCCUCGUUUGUCGCUGCCGCUCGAUGAGGUGGAGGAGGUAGAUGAGGAGCCGGAGAUGCACCCACCCCGGCUGUCGUUGGCGUUUGAGGAGGAAGAUAUUACGGUUGAGUAUCCUCGACGGGCUACGAGUGAGCAUGAUCGGAAUAGAUUGUCGAUGAUGAGCGUGGGCGGUCCUCGCAUGAGUGAGAUUGGGGCGGCGACUGGAUUAGAGAGUGAGAGUGAAGAUGAUACGGGGAUUGUACACGGUGAUGAUGGAGGUGAAGAUACGGUUCUCACACAAGGGGACUUUGAUGGAGGAGGUGAAACGGAAGAUCUUGGACGGUUCAACUUCGAGUUUAAUUUCCCGUCGCCGCCUGCUCCUGGCGCAGAACUGGACCAGGAUGACCCCAUCCAUGACGAUGAAGGGUUUGAGCUCUCAAUGGACAUGCCAAUGGACACUGGGGCAGGGUCUGACGAUGCCGACAGCGUGUCCAUCGCUGCUGGCGACUUUGGCAUGGAACUGCAAUCGCCGCCACCCGCUCCGGUGGCACUGAGUGAGAGCCAAAGUCCAGGUAUUGCCGGAGGAGGGUUGCGGGACGAGGACCGCUACGUCUCCGGCGCGAAACAGAAGAAGCUCUCCCGACAUGGCAUUCCCGUGCCCAACCUUCCCGUCGGGGUCGUGAAGAAGCUGGCCACCCGGUUUGCGCGGGCGCGGAACGGGUCAAAAGCCAAGAUCAGCAAGGAGACACUGGCUGCGAUUGAGCAGGCUUCGUCGUGGUACUUCGAGCAGGCGAGUGAGGAUCUGGCUGCGUAUUCCAAGCACGCGGGGCGCAAGACCAUCGACGAAAGCGAUGUGGCAACCUUGAUGCGGCGGCAACGGCAUGUUAACCAGUCGACCACGAUCUUCUCGCUGGCGCAAAAGCAUCUGCCCAAGGAGCUGUUGCAAGAUAUGAGAUUGGCAAUGCCACCAUGAUGAUACAGUAUAUAUUCCUAAAGCUACAAGUCCAAACGCCGUCCAGCAUGCGGGGACACGAGCCACUACCAGUUGCGGUUAUGGCGCACACGCCGAGUAGCCUCGUUGGGACGCUUGCGGAUGAUCAUCCACAGCAUGAUGGAGGUUGCCAGCGACAAGCCGUACC